AUACGAAGCGCAGCAUAGUAAGGUACAGGCAGUGUUUGUGGCAAGCUAACAUACGGAUAACUAAUCCCGGUUGCGAUACCACCAGGAUAUCAGCCUUUGCUCCCGACGCCCAAAGGAAUCAGUCCUGAGCUUCAUCCUUUAUGCACCCAACGUCACACACCUAGAAUAUCGGUAUUCUUGGUCGGCCCUUAUUCUGGUGAGCCCUUGAGAGGAUAAGAUGGGUCAAAAUUAUUCCGCCCUUCCGGAUCGAAAUGUCGGCGGUGCUGGUAUCGAUAUUGCUGAGCUAUCCGACAUUAGUUACGAGAAAUCUUUGGGGACAAGCCGUUUCUUAAAGACAAUCAAGGCGAAACAUGCAGAUGGCGGCCUUGUUGUUAUCAAGAUUUUUCUGAAGCCAACACCCAGCUUCUCGCUGGAAGAGUAUCGCAUGAAGCUUGAGCGUAUUAUUCUCUCUCUCAAACAUCCCGCUUUGGGGGUCCUGACAAGGUUAUAUAGGUGAACAAGUGGCCCUAGCCGAUGUACCGAACGCCUUAUCCCAUCAACGGAUCAUAGAAACCGACAGAGCGGGUUACCUGGUCCGUCAAUACUUGUACAGCAGUCUCUAUGAUAGAAUUAGUACUCGGCCGUUUUUGGAAGAGAUUGAGAAACGCUGGAUUGCCUUCCAACUUCUUUGCGGUCUUCGUGAUUGCCACGCUAGGGGUAUUCAUCAUGGGGAUAUAAAAACUGAGAAUAUUCUCGUCACGUCUUGGAAUUGGAUCUAUCUCUCCGAUUUCGCUAAAUUUAAACCAACGCAGCUACCACAGGACAAUCCUGCAGAUUUCUCAUACUUUUUUGACACCUCUGGACGGAGAAUAUGUUACGUCGCCCCGGAACGCUUUCUUGACGCCGGGGAAAUAAGUGGGGAUGCAAGUGUUACGGACGAGAUGGACAUAUUUAGCUUGGGAUGUGUUAUUGCGGAGCUAUUCUUGGAGGGCACUCCUUUAUUUAAUUUGUCACAGCUCUUCAAAUAUCGAAGGGAUGAAUAUGACCCCUCUCAAACCUACCUUGGAAAGAUCGAAGACCCGGAAAUCCGCAGCCUAGUUGAACACAUGAUCAACCUUGAUCCUGCUAAGAGGUACUCUGCAGAGCAGUAUCUGGAUUUGUGGCGCCGGAGAGCGUUCCCAGAAUAUUUCUAUAGCUUCCUUCAUCAAUAUAUUGGGUUUAUUACAGAUCCGAACCCUGGACGGGUAUCCACUCCGGAAGACCAGGGAAUGAAAACACAGGCAGAUGAUAGGAUCAAUAGGAUUUAUCACGAUUUCGACAAGAUUUCAUUUUUCCUUGGGUUCGAUACAUCAGAAGAGGCUACAGUUCUUGAAAAGAGAGCUACCUCUAGAAACGGCAUAAUACCUGUUCGUUUAGAUAUCCCAAAUUACCAACGCCAGUCGUCCGCUGUGCGGAGGCGACCGGUGAGCACUGAUGACGGUACCCUUAUAUUCCUAAGUCUUAUUGCGUCGUCGAUAAGAAACACUUCAAGGGCAACAGCAAGAGUGCGAGCGUGUGAUAUAUUUCUCGCAUUUGCAGAAAGAAUUACCGAUGAAGCAAAGCUGGAUAGGUGCUUGCCUUACCUUGUUGUGUUACUAAACGACGAUUCGAUUAUCGUUCGAGUGGCUGCUGUAAGGACAGUUACCCAGUUGGUAUGCCUCUCGAUUUUCUACGGGAAUCUCGCAUACCUUACUUUAUUAAUCGUUUGAAUAUAUAUAGAUGGAGCUUGUUGAAGUCGUUACCCCUAUUAAUGCACACGUAUUUCCCGACUACAUUUUGCCAAAGCUUCAAAAUUUCGCUUCUCAUAGCAAUCCCCUCAUAAGAGCAACCUACGCCUCUUGUUUAUCUUCUCUCGCCGAUAGCGCUUCAAGAUUCCUUGACAUGGCCCAGGCCCUCCGCGCUGAUGGAUCCUUGCCCACAGCGGACCCGGAAGCCGAGGACGGAUCCGCCGUAGGAUCAGCAUUUCAGGCUCUCUUUGACCUGUCUAGGAACGACUUGGUUGUCUAUUUCCAGGAGCACUCAAAACUACUACUCACGGACAUUGAUUCCGGAGUCCGAAGGGCAUUUCUCAGAUCUGUGUCUAGGCUCUGUGUUUUCUUCGGAACCAGCAAGGCUAACGAUGUCAUUCUGAGCCACCUGAACACUUAUCUGAACGAUAAAGAUUGGCAACUUAGGAGCGCAUUUUUUGAGACUAUUACCGGCGUAGCGACAUAUGUUGGGGUUACUGCUUUGGAGGAGUACAUCAUGCCGCUAAUGGUGCAGAGUCUCACAGACCCAGAGGAGUUUGUUGUGGAGAAGGUCCUUCGUUCCCUUGCCAAUAUGGCGGAGCUUGGGCUGUUCCAAAGGAGUAAGAUAUGGGAACUUAUUAAUGUGGUCGGUCGCUUUAUGAUGCACCCUAAUAUAUGGAUUCGCCAAGGUAGGUUUUCGAACCAAAUAUACCCUAGUAUGGGGUGGAGAGUUCUAUUAGUACUGACGCUUCAGUCAAGGUGCUGUGGCGUUUAUCGCGACUGCGAGUAAAUGGCUAUCACCGGCCGACAUACAUUGCAUUGUGAACCCAACUGUGAGGCCAUUUCUAAGGGCUGAUGUCGUUAACAUCUCUACAUUGGCUAUGCUUGAACAUCUUCAAAAACCGGUAUGCUGUGUCCCAAACUAACUGCCUGAUAUCAGAUUGUUUACUUGAGCAGGUAUCUAGGCAUGUAUUUGAUAUGGCGGUCACCUGGGCUACACAGUCAAAAAAGGGGCUAUUCUGGCAAGGCGCACAGGAGCAGAGAACUUUUUCUUUUGGAUCGAUAGGGGGUUCACUGCCAAGGGCUCCUGUCUAUGAUUUACAACCGGGUGGUUUUGCAAGGGUCCCAAAGAAUGAGGAAGAUAUCAACUGGAUUGAGAAGCUGAGAAAUUUAGGCAUGGGCCCUGAUGAUGAAUGGAAGGUCAUUUCUCUGAGGGAGUACAUAUGGAGAAUGGCUUUAUCGAAGCCACGAUUACUCUCUAAUGAAAACCCACCGCUGGCGAAGAACACGAUUUCACUCCAAGAUCUUGGUAUUACACCGCACACAGUAUUCUUCGAUGAAAAUCAAUCAUUCUUUAAUCUGAAUAUGCAAACAACGGACGCUGCCACUGGUAAUUCCCGCCCAGCCACCAUAGCCGAUGCUCUCCUGGAUGCCUCCAGGACUAUCGAUAAUUCUGCUCGAAGAACACCCUCUCGAUUGCUAUUGAAGCGCCCUACAGGUGUAGAUAUCACGGACAUAAUGCGAUCCCGUUUUAAUUCGGAGGCCGGGACCAACCGUUCGGGCUCCGGAUCUCCAACGACUCCCAACCCAGCUGGCUUUGACACGGAUAGUGCUCCAGUAUCAGGGUUGUCCACACCAUUGGCCGUGCCACCUGUGACUAUUGCAGGAGGCAGUGAGUCCUCCACUACAGCGAGCUCAGUGGAAAAUGGAAACCCCCUUCGCCGUAGGCCGAGCACAUUAAGUCUUCUGGCAAGAAAUGCAGAGGCAUCUAAGGCUGCCCCGGAAACUAGCACUGUUUCCGCGACAGCGUUCGGUAGAGUGGAGCAUCCGUUUGCGAAGGGCGGCGACUUGAGCCUACCCAAAGCCACUGAGAUUGUCGCCGAGCCCGAAGAAUUCGCUUUUAGAGCAGCCCAUUCCUAUGGUAAGAUAAAUCCUAGGUAUGGGCUUUAUAUCUGGGGAGGCUGACAAGAGAAAUAGAGGGGAAUGACCCACAUAUUUUGAAGCUGUUAGACUCUAUGUAUCUCCAGAAUUACCCCAGCGACAUACUCGAGUUCGGCCCGACAAUAGUUCCAGUUCAGAGGAGACAGCCGAUCAAGAAGAGCAACGGCCGCCAAGUGGGAGGGGGAAUAUGGAAGCCGGAAGGGGUUAUGGUGGCCCAGUACGGCGAACAUGCAGCUGCCAUCAACAGAGUCAUUGUUGCACCUGACCAUAACUUCUUCUUGACCGCUUCAGAUGACGGCACUGUCAAAAUAUGGGAUUCCAGCAGAUUGGAGAAGAAUGUGACGUUUAAGGCUCGGCAAACCUAUAAACAUGGUGCUACGGGAACAGUUCAGGUAAAAGCGCUGUGUUUUGUAGAGAACACGAGAUGCUUUGUUAGCGGCGCGAGCGAUGGUACAAUACAUGUCAUCAAGGUCGACUUCCAAACCACAGCGACAGCAGUUAAGUACGGCAAGUUGCGGCUUAUGAGGAAUUGGCAACUACCGGAGAAAGGAGAGUCUGCGGUCUGGAUGGAGCAUUUCAAAGCAGGUGGGCUGCGUGGCCGUAAUUGUGGGAGGGUCUGCGGCUAAUAUGUGCGCAGAGAAUCACUCGAUCCUACUCAUCGCAACCAACUUAUCAAAUAUACAUGCAUUAGACCUUAGGACAAUGCGCAUCUUGUAUACUUUGAAAAAUCCAGUGUUCCAUGGAACUCCUACUGCUUUCUGUAUCGACAGGCGACACAACUGGUUGGUGCUCGGGACAUCACACGGCAUACUUGACAUGUGGGACUUGAGGUUUCAGCUUCGCUUGAAGGCAUGGGGGCUACCUGGGUCAACCCCAAUUCACAGAAUAGCAAUACACCCCUCGAAAGGCCGCGGAAAAUGGAUUGUAGUGGCUGGGGGCACUGGCCAUGGAGAGCUUUCCGUUUGGGAUUGCGAGAAAACCCAGUGCAGAGAGGUCUAUCGUGCCGGAGGUGGUAAGGACAGCGGGAAAGGGUAUGAGCCCUGGAAUGUUGAUGACGAGAACCCAGAGCAGAUGUUGAGCCGUUUUGCAACCGCCCUUAACCAUCUUGAGCCCGGAGGAUCCGGGGGCGUUGAUAGAGGAGUUCGUGCUUUUGCGGUUGGCCUAGAUGCAUAUGAGGAAACGCAUGAGACGAGGGCGCCUCCCGGGUUUAUUGUAAGCGCCGGCGCCGACAGGAAAAUCAGGUUCUGGAACUGCAGCAAGGUAGAGACUUCGAUGGUUGUUAGUGGGCUCGACAUAGAAGAGUCCAAACCCACAUUCACAUCAUCUCAUCCCACCGCAACUCUAACUCUUAAUACUGAGAGGCCGCCCCAGCCUCCGUCUGGGGCGGACGCCACUGGGGUUAGAAGUGGCCCUUCGUCUGCGUCUGGAUCCUCAUCAAAGAAGAAUAAGGCUUCCGUAAAAACGCCGAGGUCAACAGUUAUCAGCUUGCAACAACAGCAGUUGCUGAAAGCACAUCUUGAUUCAAUAUUAGAUGUAAGUUCACACAAUGUCAUCAUUCAUCUCGGGCAAAAAAACAAGAAAAGGGGGGGGAUACUGAGUGCUGAACUACCACUACAGGUUGCAUUUCUGGAAGUUCCGUACGGGAUGAUAGUUAGCGCUGACAGGAGCGGUGUGAUUUUCAUAUAUCAGUAGAGGGGGGUAAUGAGAACUUGGUGGAAUUUAUAGGUGGAGAAACCUGGCGUUUGGUGGGAAAUUUAACCCUUGUUUCUUGCUUUUGUUAUGGGGUGCUAUUUGGCAAGGGUAGAUGGGCGCAUAAUGAAAUGUGUAUAAUGGGCCAUUAUAAAGGACAAUAGCAGAAACAGAGUGCCCCGUUACUCAGUUGACAGUCCCAGCGACAUUUUACUUUUGUCCGGAAGCUGCAUCACGCUUCCUCACUCAUUAACUAAGGCAGGAAGGAACAGCCGCAGGGAUGUUUGGGUCAUAACCGGACCAAAUUUACUCGUACACACUAGUUAGUUACCCGGCCAUAGGAGAGUUUGCCAUUCUACUGUACGGUAAGUUAGAAGUUCUCGAAGCUUCUCCACUGCGUGAGCGUCAGCCUCAAAUCUUUUGUUUCCUCCCAUAUUUUAGUCUGUUUACCGGUAUUUAACUUAGGCUCUGCCCUGUGCUACUUGAAACCAAUUCACACUCCAGAUACCGGUAUCCAUCUUGCCAUCUUCCGACUCCCCUGCUGGGUUGCAGAGCAAAAAAAGAGAAGCGGAUACCAGCCACUGCAUAACCUUUUAUUCUUAUUCUUUUAUUCUUGCUGUACUUUCAAACUGUCCUAAAUUGAGAGAUAUUGAAAAUGACGCAGAAGUGUGCCCACAAAGGCUGUGGAAAGGCGUUCACAGAUCCGGAAGAAGAAUGCCACUACCACCCCGGAGCACCCAUAUUCCAUGAAGGCCAGAAAGGUAAGUUAAUUCAUAUACUCAUCUCCGUAAACUCGCACACAACAGCUCCUUUUUCAAAGAAAACCGUCGAAGCUAACCUUAAACGUUACCCCAGGCUGGCAAUGCUGCAAGACAAGAGUACCGCCCCCGGCCUUCUUUCCCCGGACACGAGAGAAGACUUAUUGAGGCUAACGUGACUACCUGCCGCCUACUCACCCGCCCAGGUUCUCACCUUCGACGAAUUCCUCACAAUCCCGCCAUGCUCGGUCGGCAGGCACUCCGUCGAUGCACCUAUAUUAGCACCUGUGCAAACCUCCGGACCCGGCUCGCAGAAGCAAAAACACCCCGAAGUCGCACCUCCGCCGGAAAUUAGCUCGGACGGAAGUGAAGUAUACGGCCAGCAGCCAUUACAGCAGAAGAAGGCACUCCCGAAGGUGGACACAGCAUCGCGCACUCCUCCGCCGGAGAAGGAGAAGCCGUUGGAGCAAGAUGAUCUCGGUGUACCGGUUCCGCCGGGGGCGAGGUGCAAGAGGCUCGGGUGUGAGGCUACGUACGAUGGUGGGAGUAGGGAGGAUGAGGAUGAGAAGUGCGUGUUUCAUCCUGGGGUUCCCAUAUUUCACGAGGGUGCGAGAGAUUUUUUAUUCACCCUCUUGCUGUUCUUGUUUGCUAUGAGGGGAGGAACAGAAAAAAGGGGAAGGGGGAAGCUGGGGAUGGGCGAAUGGAUGAACGUACGGAGCUAAUAAGGUAUCGUCGGAUAUAGGAUCUAAAGGUUACUCUUGCUGCAAGCGCCGUGUCCUCGAGUUUGAUCAAUUCUUGAAAAUCCCCGGCUGUGCCACGGAUAGACAUCUUUUCGCUGGAGUUCCUAAACCUCGUGAUGAGGAGGAACUGGUCUCGUGCCGGUGAGUUCCCUUCUCCCCAUCUACCCGCGUCCCACUAUCCCAGCCCUACACAUCCCACCCCCACAAAACCCGGACUAUGGAAGCAUGAGAGUUGGGUGCGACCUAGAGUCGGUAUGGCAUACGUUGAGCUGACAGCUCACCUCCGGGCCCUCUUUUUCAGGAACGACUUCUACCAAACAUACACAGACGUCAUCGUCUCGAUUUUCGCGAAAAAGGUCGACAAGGCCAGUGCGGAGGUUCACUUCUCAGAAAGACAGUUGGACGUGGACUUGCCAAUGCCGGGUAACAAGAGGUAUAAGGCUAACUUUCCGCUUUAUGGAGCCAUCGACCCGGCAGGCUGUGAAUAUAAGGUUCUCACGACGAAAAUUGAGCUCAAACUCAAAAAAGGUAAUAUGCCACCUUUUACGUUUCCCCGGGGCAGCGGCGUCUUUGGGAAAAUAUAUACAUGCAUAUGUGAAUUGAUAUACUAACAAUAUGAGUCUAGCGGAUGGAUUAUCCUGGCCUACCCUCCGUAGCGACGAGGUCUCCAGUGAAAUUAUUCAGAUUGGAAAGCCGGCUACCGCGUAGAGAGUCAAGUGGGGUAUUGAUCAUGUUGUGUCGCGAAAUAUCUUUAGAUAGAUAGAUAGACGAAAAUCGAUACUACAGUUACUCUACUCGAGUACAGUAGCGUAGCUAUCGCUCGGUUCGCAGAAGCAAUUCAUAUCGAACCUUUGUGGGGGGGGACCUACCAGAUUUGGGACGCGGAGAAUUAAGUUUUAUCAAUCGAUAGAUUCAACCUGGACAAGUCAGGUUGACUUACCACUUGCGAAGAACUCGAGCGCGGGGGCAGUACGGUAGCACAUCUAUGAUAACAUUUACUAGCAUGAUAUCUAGUGAUGUGCUCGAGUACGGUAUCGAAAGCUCCGUCAGGAAGGUGGAGAAUGCCCACGGUCUCCGCGGCGAUGGAACUGAUCUGAGCAUCUUGCACAGAACGCUCGCCGUCGAUCUCACGUGCAUUACCGUACUCGUACGAUGGUACGGUGAGCCCAUCAUCCCAUCCAUCCUUCCAUCCCUCCACCCUAACUUAUCUCCAACCCCCUUCCCUCCCAAUUCAGCCCGGUCCCCUCCCCGUGAAUUGUCCUGGCUUAGCUUAUCGUAACCAAAACCUCGGUCAUGCUAGGGGUAGACUAUGAUUUCGACAUCACAUCACACAGACAUAGCUCCGGGCGGGAGCGGUCCGCUCUGUUUUUUCUCUAUCCUUGCAGAUCCCAGCUACCGUACGAGUAGGGUACAGUGCGAGUGCAGUGCUUGUACUGGUAUCAUGCCGGCACUCGUGCAGCACUCUCGGGGCAGAGCACAUUAUCGACAAGGAUCUGCGAUUCAGGUGAUGCCAAUCCAUUCACCCAUCCAUCCACGCUUCACAUUUCCAUGUGUGGAAGCAACAAAUCGGCGCUUUCCCCACACCGUUCACAAGAAUACCGGAAACACGGCAGCCUGAGUUCGCACGAUCGUACACGCACGGAGUGGGAUUGAUAGAUAUGCUGGUUGCCGCUUCGCGUCGCACACGGUCGUUAUUAUUUACGAGCAGACACCCGGGAAUCCCACACGGUCACUCGGCAAAAAAAACCCAACGAUGGUCAAAUAAAGCAUGCAUGUAUCAUAGCUAGGGAGAAUUUUUAUAAGAUUAUGAUCCGCGGCCGAGCGCACUGCACUGCACUCGCACCGUACGAGUAUCGUACCGGCUCUGAGGGAGGGCCGGG